AUGGCCAGUGCAAACAAUGUGACUGAGUUAAUCAUCACCGGCCUUUUCCAGGAUCCAAAGGUGCAGAGAGUGUGCUUUGUGUUGUUUCUCCCGGUGUACCUGGCCACUGUGGUGGGCAAUGGCUUCAUUGUUCUAACAGUCAAUAUCAGUAAGAGUCUACACUCCCCCAUGUACUUCUUCCUUAGCUACCUGUCCCUGGUGGAGAUCUGUUACUCCUCUACUGUGGUCCCUAAAUUCAUCACUGACUUACUUGCCAAGGUCAAAACCAUCUCUCUGAAGGGCUGUCUGGCCCAGAUCUUCUUCUUCCACUUCUUUGGGGUCACUGAGAUCCUCCUGCUUGCUGUGAUGGCCUAUGACCGCUACGUGGCCAUCUGCAAACCCCUUUACUACACAGCAAUCAUGAGCCGUCCUGUGUGUCACCGUCUGGUGGUUGGUUCCUGGCUGGGGGGCUUUUUUCACUCCAUUAUUCAGAUUUUUAUCACCAUCCCACUGCCUUUCUGUGGUCCCAAUGUCAUUGACCAUUAUUUCUGUGACCUUCAUCCUUUAUUUAAGAUCGCCUGUACAGACACAUUUGUGGUUGGCAUUAUUAUGUUCGUCAACAGUGGAUUGUUCUCUGUAUUCUCCUUCCUCUUCUUGGUGUCCUCCUACAUCGUCAUCCUGUUCAACCUGAGGAACCACUCUGCAGAGGGGAGGCGCAAAGCCCUGUCCACCUGCGCCUCUCACAUCACGGUGGUCAUCUUGUUUUUUGGACCUGCCAUCUUCCUCUACUUGAGGCCCGCCUCCACCUACACUGAGGACAAACUGGUGGCCGUGUUCUACACGGUCAUCACCCCCAUGCUGAACCCCAUCAUCUACACACUCAGAAAUGCAGAAGUGAAAAAUGCCAUUGGGAAGUUGUGGGGCAAAAAAGUGAACUCAAAGAUAGGAAAAAAAUGA